GAUGUGAUGGCGCCCCAUGCAGAGAUAAACCCUCAAGACAUCACCGAAAGGGCGCGCAGAGAUCUGCUUCAACUGCUCGAAGGCGUUCCUGGCAAGAAGAAUCUUGUGAUUGAAAAAUCCCUUGCUGGUCCAAUUGGCUUGCUUGUCAAGUUCAGCACUUUGCAGGAGUAUGGAGUCGACAAGGUCUUCUAUGUAGAGAACCGCAAUGUCGACGACUCUCAACGCAACAUCGUCUUUCUGGCUAGAGGCGAGAAGCCAAAGGAUGUUCAACUCAUAGCUGAACAGAUUAGUCAAAUCCGUCAAGAAAGCAAAACCGAUCAUGAAUUCUCAGUCUUUUGGGUGCCGAGGCGAACCCUCGUCAGUGAUAGGAUUCUCGAAGAGAACGGUGUGUUGGGAGAGGUGACCAUUGGCGAAUGUCCGCUGUUCUUGAUCCCUCUGGAGCCCGACCUGUUGUCGCUGGAGCUGGAAGAUGCAUUCAGUGACCUGUAUCUGGAUCCUACCUCGAUCUUCCUCACUGCAAAAGCAUUGAUGCGCCUGCAGGGAUCUACCGGUCUCUUCCCUCGCAUCCUAGGCAAAGGUGACAAUGCGAANAAACUCGCAGAUCUGCUCAUCCGCAUGCGUUCCGAAGAGGAAGUCAGCGCAUCCUCUGCCACUUCCAAGUCACCCUCGACCUUUGGCCUGACUCCCAGUGCAGUCGUGGAGAAUGUCAUCAUCAUCGACCGCGAAGUCGACUUCUUCACACCUCUCAUGACCCAACUAACAUACGAGGGUCUAAUCGACGAAGUCUUUGGUGUCCGCCACAACCAGACCGAAGUUGACACCUCCAUCGUCGGCGCCGCACCCCAACAACAGAAACCCCAAGGAGCCGCCGCAGCAGCAGGCAACUCCACCCAAGCAGCCACAAAACGCAAGAUCCAACUCGACAGCUCCGACAAACUAUACCCCCAACUGCGCAACUGCAACUUCGCAGUCGUAGGACCAUUGCUCAACAGAACAGCCCGCCGUCUCCAAGCCGACUAUGAAUCCCGCCAUAAAGCCGAUCAAUCAAUCUCCGACCUCAAGACCUUCGUUGCAAAACUGCCUUCCUACCAAGCCGAGCAAGCUUCCCUCAAAAUCCACACGUCCAUGGCUGAGGAAAUCAUGAAGACCACCCGCAGUGAGAUUUUCGGCCGUGUGCUCGAGGUGCAGCAAAACUUUGCAGCCGGCGCUGAUCCCACCAGCAUGAACGACAACCUCGAAGAACUGAUUGCUAGAGAUAUUCCUCUCGCCACCAUUCUACGCCUGCUAUCUCUAGAAUCGUGCGUUGGCGGCGGUAUCCGUCCUCGCGAGCUCGAGAACCUAAAACGCCAAAUCAUGUACGCAUAUGGUCAUCAACACUUACUCACCUUUGCCUCCCUCGAGAAAAUGGGCUUGGUGGUGACGAGACAGAGCAACACUGGAUACUUGAACCCCAUGGGUGGCGUCAAUUCUGGAAACACUGAUUACAACAGCGUGCGCAAGAUUCUCAAACUCUUUGUUGACGAGGUGGACGAGCAAGAUCCCACGGAUAUCUCGUAUGUGUUUUCUGGCUAUGCACCACUGAGUGUAAGAUUGGUGCAGUGUGUGUUGCAGAAACAGAUUUUGGCUAGGCUCUCCAAUCCCAGAUCUUCAAGCACACCCAAUGUCAAUGGCGGGACUGCGAAUAUCACGCCUAAUACACAAGCAGCGGGUUGGAAAGGCUUUGAAGACGUGCUCGCGAGAAUCAAGGGUGCUACUGUUGAUGAAGUGCAAAAGGGGUCGAGUGCAGAGGCUUCGCAGGCAAGACAAACGCUCAGAGGUGGUGCUGGGGGUGGUUGCAAGACUACGAUUGUGGUCUUCUUGGGUGGAGUGACGUUUGCUGAGGUUGCGGCAUUGAGGUUCAUGGGAGAGCAGUUGGGGGACAAGAAGAAGAUUGUCAUUGUGACUACGGGCAUCCUUUCUGGCAAUGCUGCUGUUGAGGCAGCUAUGGAGAAGAGGGCUUGGGGUCGCAAGUAA